UCCGGCGCGAAGGUGAGGUCGGAGCGGGGCCGGGGUCAGGGUCAAGGUCAGGGGCGGGGCCGCGGUUAAGGUCGGGGCGGACGGAGGUCGGCGGGCAACGGGGCGCUGCGCUCUGUCCUCCUCGCAGGCCCGCCGAGCCGGAGGCCGGGCGCGCGGAGCGGCUGGGGCGCCCGGGCGGCAGCGCGCGCGGAGACGCGGCCGGGGACGAGCCGGGGGCCACCGGCGCCGAGCGGAUUCCCAGGAAACCGAGGAGCAAGAUGGGCAGAAAAACCGGUGAGAGCAGCGGCCCCGGCCCGGGCGCGGCCGUCCCCUGGGAGAACUUGUCUCACUGGAAUUUGGAUGCAGAAGUGCCUGCUCCUGAAAAUAAAAGCCCCCCACCUGGGAGGGACAGCGCCACAGGUGGCAAAAUUAACAAGAACCACCUGGAAAUUCCAGCAGAGCAGCUGCUGCUGGAGCUCACUUUCUCAGAGUUCGUGCCCCAGAGAACACAGAAUAGUAAACAAGGGCUAUUCCAGCUGUGGAGUUACCCUCUGAGCGAAGCAAGCACCACGGAGCUCAGGGAUUUCAAAAUAUCUCCAAUGGAAACUGGCGGUAAUGUGACCAAUAAUGCCAUGAGGCUGUUCGGUGUGAGCGCACUGACAGGUGCGUCCGUGGACCAGCGAGCUGGCUCCCAGCCUGCGCUGCAGGCACCGCCAGGUCUCUGCCGUCCGGAUGCUGAUGGAGACUCUUUCAAGGACCGGAAUGAGCCUCAUAUUAAUUUAUGCUCAACUCUAGAAAACAACAGUGGAGAACUUUUAACUGCUCCAAACUGGAAUCUGAAGUAUGGAAAUAGCAGUGUGGAGGAAAAUUUAACAGAUGAAAGCGAUUUAUCAGAAAAUGAAAAAGCAAACGAUACUUUACUCAGCUACUUUAAAAAGAUGGACCUGCACUUAAAGCCAGAAACAGUAGAAAAUGUUGAAGAACCUUUCACAGAGGAACUGAAUGAAGUAUUUCCAUAUCCUGAUUUUCUUCCCCCUCCUUUCAGUACUUUGGACUUGCACAAAUUAGCCCUCUCAAAGUCUGACAGUUGGAAAAUGACAGUGGAGACGCCAGACAGCUCACUGGAGCCACUGAUGGCUCGUUUGCUGGACAUGGAGAGACUUCAGCACCUGACCAUUCAGAGAGAAAGGCCCAGGCUCCAGAACUCCUUCUGUGCCCCGGUCACCGCCGAACGACCCCCUUCCUCCAAAGCUGUCUCCAAAAUGAGACAGCCCAAACCUCCUGACCCUGUGGGGCUUCACAUGGCUUGUGUAGAGAAAAGUCAUGAGAAAAUUAAAAACAGUUCUGGUUCUUACAGGCCUGAACACGGUGCUCCCAAGUGGAACUGGAACAGUGCUGGCAAGUACAAGCGGAGUUCUAGGCCGGCUCUGAAAACCUCAGACCCCAAACAGGUCACUGUAGUUCAUGAUGACUUUAAGAAUCCCAGAAUCUCCAUUUUAAACCCAUGCCAAGAACUCACCAUCAAGCCCGCUCCUGUCCAGACGACUCAGCUGCUGGUUAAAACGAUCUCAGCCAGAUGUCUGCCACCAAAGUCUCCUACACCAAUUUCACCCAUACCUCUGUCUUUUCCUGAUAGUCACAGGGAAGAGAUUCAGGCACCAAGGACCAAAAAGAAACUUGACCGAAAAGAUGUGGUGCUGAACAGACCAUUCUGUAUUCAGAAGCUGAACUGUUGUUUAUCACCUUCAUUAACAGCUAAGGAUAAGUGCUCACCCACUGACCAAAAAUAACAUAACUCUCUUCUUUCCUGCACCUCAACUUGAGCAAAUCUAUUCCAAGCCCGGCUAAAAUAUGGUUCCUCAUUCCGAGAUACAGGUUUUACAGGCACACACACACACUCACUCAUUCGGUCUCUCAUGUGUGUGUACACACACACACGCACACACACUCGCUCAUGUGCGUGUACACACACACUCACACUCGCUCACUCAUGUGCGUGUACACACACACGCGCGCACACAGAAUCCCCGAAUGUGCUGUGGAGUGGGGCUUGUGAGAGCCCCAGCUGAGACGGCUACACAUUAAACCAAGGGCUUCCCUGCUGACAUACUUGAGUCUCUUACAUGUUCUGUUUCUAAGGAAUGUUUCUCUCAGAAAACCAUUCUACUCAAGGUUGUUCUUUAUUAUUUUCCAGUGUAAUUCCAUCAUCAAUAAAUGGUAUAACAGA